CCCACUACAGCAGGUAACAUGGUGUCCUUGAAGCUCGGAGUGCUGGUCCUCCUGGUGGCCGCCUGCGGCUGCUGGGCCGAGGACGAGGAACCGUCGGUGUCCGAGCUCCUGUGGAAGGCCAACAAGGACGUCGUUCACACGGCGGACGAGCCCUUUGUGGUGGACGACAUCGCCUACGCCGACGAGUCUCGGAGGAACGCUGACCAGUGCACGUCCCGCGGCUGCAUGUGGCCCAAGUCAGCCGAUGGGAAGGUCUAUGUCCCCUACACCAUCGCCAAUCACUACACGUCUCGUGAGCUGUCCAUCAUCAACCGAGGCCUGGAGUCGUUCUCCGAGUUCUCCUGCAUCCGCUUUGUCAGAUACAGCGGCCAGAGAGACUUCCUGAGCAUCCAGUCUCACAACGGCUGCUACUCCUACCUUGGUCGCCUUGGUAACGGCCAGACGCUGUCGCUGGACCGCCAGGGCUGCAUCUACCACAACACCGUCCAGCACGAGCUGCUCCACGCCCUGGGCUUCAACCACGAGCAGUGCCGCUCCGACCGGGACCAGCACAUCCGGGUCCUGUGGGGGAACAUCCAGGACGGUUUGGCGUACGCCUUUGAUAAGCUGGACACCCUGAACAUGAACACCCCCUACGACUACAACUCCGUCAUGCAGUACCACAAGUACGCUUUCUCUGCCAACGGCAGCCCCACCAUGGAGCCCAUCCCCGACGCCAACGUCGCCUUCGGCAGGGCCACCAAGAUGAGCCAGAACGACAUCGACAGACUCAACAGACUCUACUGUUAAACGGAGACAACAGUCCUGACGAAUUUCUCCCCAUUUGGACACCAAACAUGUUAUUUCUGAGUCUUUUAUCAUUUAAGACUAUUUGGCAAAUUGCAUUGACAAUAAACUUAUAAUAUACUUCA